CUUCUGGUGCGUGCGUAGGAGAACGUCUCUUUUUCGACCGGUCACAAGAGAGAGAGAGAAAGAGAGAGGGAGUGCGUAAAUCUGACGUUUCGUUAUCAUUCUUUGAAUUGUCUUCGAUGUUACGAGUUUCGAUAUACUUUGAUCAUCGUGUCGUCGCGCGUGAUCGUUGAUAUUUAUUGGUUAUGUUCAUCGCAUCGCGUGUUUUCUUUCGCCGGUAGUGUUAGGAGUGCGAUAUAAACAGUGCGUUUUUCGAAUCGUUUUUGUAAGUGUAUCGGUUGUGUCGCGUGCUUUUCGAUAAUCUGUUCUCAAAAAUUCGACGACAAUAGUUUGAAAAAUUGUUCCAUUCGAGAUUUGAUAAAAAGAAGAAUCGAAAAAGAUAGAGGAGGACAGAAACGGACUAUUUAACACGCUCCUAAUAAUAGCCAGUGCGCGUUCGUACGCGAGUAUACUAAGCGCCUAUAAAUACACACCUACCACGGCCCGCGGAAACACGAGCCCGUGGAUUUCACGGUGCAACCUGCCACGAAGAGAUAGAAAAGACGCGAAGUCGAAGGGAAAAGAGGGAGGAUAAUCUUGAAGGAGGGCGCACCUGGCGCUCUAAGAGAAACUUGCCAUAAUCGGAUCUAGUCGGAGGCAGUAACGCAAGAUAAUCGCGCAACACACGCGAGAUGAGGAAACUAUAGAAAAAGAUAAACGUGCCAGAGAAAGAGAAAGAGAGAGACAGUGAAUCGACCCACUGGCUGCUGGUUACAUAUCAGCCUCUGAAAGCAGAUUAGAGAAUAACCUGCAGCUGGAGUGUGAGAUUUUAUUAUUCCACGGAGUGUAUCCUUUCUUUUACUCUCGUAACACGAGAAACGUCUCGUUGGAAUUCGUCGGCAGCCGAGCUUGCAGCAAGUCUACCAGCAGUAGACUAAAAAUAUCCCCUUCCUGCAUAUUCUGACGCGUUUAUACCGUCACAAGUGUGGCGCGUUCUUCCUUUGUGUUGCUGUUAUAAACUCUUCAACCCUCUGCUUUCUCUCUGUGCUCAAAAGUACACGACCACUUUACUCCACUGACUACGAGUCAAUUUUGUCUGAUCGAAGAAGAAAAUCUCUAUAACAAUAUAGUUUUUCCAACUAUACAUCUGGACGCUAGCGAACAACGUGUUCGUUCGUUGAUUCGACUACGGUGAAAACGCACCGAGAGAAAGAUGCCUCGCAGAAAAUUAUAUGUGAAAGAGCAUCGUGGAUGACUAUCGAAAGGUAUGAAGAUCGUUGAUAAAUUCAUUACCGCCGGUGGCUCGUACGCAGCUGAAUAUCCGCCGUCGGAACGAUUCUCGAAAGAAUCAAGCUUCAUCCGUCGGCUAAACGACCAGUGGGUCGCGGAUUUUUCACAAGUGGUUAAUAAAGAAUAUAAUUCUAUCGCGUGGUAAGGAAAACGAAAAAAGAAUAAGAAAAUAGUGAGUGAAACGAAGUGCACGGAAGAAAAGUGGUCCACGGUGGAGGGUGGAGGGAACGGUGUACAAGGGGUCGCCGUGGGCCCCGGAGAUGAUGCGAUGAUGGCCUACGGAGGAACCACCGGAAACGGAGGUGCAAUGGGACCUUCUUCUGGUGGUACAGAUGUUUUGGGCUCGACCGGUGAUUAUAGUCCACAAGGGACACCGACACCACUCACGGGACAUACUGCCGGACCCGUUGAAGCAACUACCUACGGUCCUGGAACGGGACCAGCGAGUUAUAGCCCCCAAGACAGUCCUGCGAGCUCUGCCGGCGGCGGUAGCGGUNNNAAUGGACAGCUUCCCAGCUUCGGAUUUACGCAGGAACAAGUCGCCUGUGUUUGUGAGGCGAUGGUGUCGUCUGUCCAGGUUCUCCAACAGGCAGGCUCUGUGGAGAGGCUUGGCAGGUUCCUGUGGUCCCUGCCGGCGUGCACUAGGUUGCAUCGUCACGAGAGUGUGCUGAAAGCUAAGGCGAUUGUCGCCUUCCAUCGGGGCCACUUCAAGGAACUGUACAGGAUUCUUGAGAGUCAUACAUUCAGUCCGCACAAUCAUCAGAAACUGCAAGCUCUCUGGCUCAAGGCUCAUUACAUAGAGGCCGAGAGAUUGAGAGGAAGGCCUUUGGGUGCAGUUGGAAAAUAUCGCGUUCGGCGUAAAUUUCCUCUGCCCCGUACUAUUUGGGAUGGCGAGGAGACGUCUUACUGCUUCAAGGAGAAAUCCAGAAGCGUUCUGAGGGAUUGGUACGCUACUAAUCCUUAUCCUUCGCCUCGUGAAAAGCGAGAAUUGGCAGAAAGCACGGGACUCACUACUACGCAAGUCAGCAACUGGUUCAAGAACCGGAGACAAAGGGAUCGUGCAGCUGAACAUAGUGGGCAACGGGAAGAUAAGACUCAUGGCGGAGGACUAGGUGAUUCGAGCAGCGAAAGUGGGGACGACACGAAGAGACAAGCGGUGAGCCAGCAACAGCAACAACAGCCGUCUUCUUGCGCUGUUCAGCAACAGCAGCAACAGCAACAGAUGGUGGAUCACCAGCAGACGUCGGGCAUGUAUCAACUUCCUCCUCCGGUCUCGGUGUCCAGCCCUCACUCGUACCACCAAGGCCAUGGCUCGACCUUGAGUCAUCCUCACACGCCGACGCACCACAUGCAGCACCACGAUACCGGAAGCGAGAGCGGGGACGACAAACGAAACCUUCAUCAUCAGUUGCAACACCAUCUCCAGGUCGGUGCUCACGGUACUCAUGGCUUGGUACAUCCCACGGCGACCUUGCCACCACCGCCACCCAGCUGCGCCCAGCAGAAGAGCCAGUUGGACUAUAUGCAAUACUAUGGUCCACAGGAUUACCUAAUCACACCGACCUCGGCGGACCUACAAAAGUCGCUCCCGCACACAGCCACGUCGAUGCAGAUGGGUGCUAUAGCUCCUUCCAUGGGUGGGCUGAGCCCGAUGGGUCCAUCGACGAUGCUCCCGAACACGAUGCAAAGCGUGAACACGAUGAACACUAUGUCGAUGAACGGGAUUGGAAUGGGCGCGUACCAGGGAAUGGGUUCCAUGGGGAUGUCUACGUCCCACGGUAGUUUUCACAACGGGUUGGUGUUAGGCGAUUAUCACUCGUUGUGACCCUGGGCUCCGAGCAGUCAGAGCAAGAGAAAUCAAGAAAAAACUUAA